AUGGGAAUAACAUUCUACGCCCUCGACGCAUAUGCGAUCAUUGGGGUACCAAAGAACGCCACCACUAAGGAGAUCCAAGAAAUGUAUCACAGAAGAAUUCUGGCUUGGCAUCCCGAUAAGUAUUUCGAGAAGGACGAGAAGAAGAACAUAUCGAAAGUUGUUGAGGAAAGGUUCAAGUAUAUACAAAGCGCGUGGGAGAUGCUUUCUGACGAGCCCAUCGGCCAGAACCCGAUUUAUAGCGACUUCAAUAAUACCAGCAUCCCAACAACCGAGGAAGCCCAAGACAAGUAUGCUAGCGCUAGCCGGGAGCAUGGCGGGACCACAUCAGCCCCUCAAGGCCCGCAAAAUUACAUGUCAUUUGAAGGGAUAUUGCGUGAGAGACAGAAGGAAAAGGAUGAUAAGAAGGAUUCCUGGGAGACCCGAUCCCAGGCAGGAUGGUAUAAAGAUGGCACUGGCACUGACACUGGCAAGGCGGACCCGAGGGCCUCUCGAGCGAAGCAGUCCGCUCAGGAAUCAACCAUAGCUUCUAAGACAGCCUCCAAAACAGCCCUCAGAGGAGUUCAGAAGCAAGCUUCUCGAUUAUAUGUCUCGCGCCAACGAUUGCACUGGUCAAAGCCAGAAGGUGCUCGUCCGAUUCCUUGGCUAGAGGAGACCUGGAGUCUUUCCGGGGAUGGUUUGAGCCACAAUAUCCGGUAUAUCCGUAUUAUAGGCCGAAUCGGGAAACCGUUCGCUAUCUUAAGUUCCGAAGGGGAGGUGUUGGAGGUGGAACGGUUUCGACUCGUUAACGGCGAGCGCUGGACCAGAAUAACCUACCCCCCUCUUUAUGGGUGA